GGAGGCUAAGUGCGGCCAGUUAACGUGUGUGUAUUGUGACGUAGGUGCCUACUCCAUUAUCGUGGUAAAAUGAAAUAGCGGAGCCACAAAUGUUUAUUCAACUGUUUAACACCGUCAAACACUGAUGGUACAUCAUUUAGUAACUCAGAUACGAUUAAUCGCAAAUAUAAUCGAGUUCAUGAUUGCGUUUGUACAAGUGUGAAAUUAGUUACUGAUAAAGUGUACGUUACAGCAUUCGUGGGCCGCCGGUCAAAGUUAUGCGAACACUGUGUCAGUGGUGGAGUUUACACGCGUAGUGAUUAACUAAUUACCGUUAAGAUGGAUCGUUUACGGCAAAAAACUAAGAAAGAUAAGCCGAAAUACGCGGACAAGGAGAAGCCGCCUCUAUUCAUAACAGAUGUUAAGACUAUUAGAGAGAAUCUUAAAAUUAAAGAGAUAUUGAGGACAGUGAAAAUGAACAGCAGUAUGCGUAUCAAAGCGCCACGCGGGAGCAGAGUUAUGCAGAACAAGGACUUUAACGACAACGAUGAGUUUGACGAUCCGUGCAGUGAAACUGUUGCGGAUUCACCCAGCGCCAUGAACCCAGUGUUGACUGACAAAAGUGACAUUGUUGAAGUGACUAAUGAUAAUUGUGUGACAAAUGAGAAUGUGACACUAGUUAGGAGUAAUUCUGAGGGUAGUUUGGCGGUUGUUGACAAAAAGGAUGACAAUAAAGAUGGUUAUGCAAAUGCAGCAGAAAUUCACGGCGAAGACAGUGUUAAAAGUGAUUUGAGGACGAUACCAGUGAUAAAGGCGACAUUAGUGGACUGUCCGAAGAUUACGAAUAGGGACAGAAAGCUGUCAUUGGACCAGACAAUGUGGCCGAGGAGGCAGAGUUUGUCGCAAUCGGAGAUUGACCUGCAUUCGAUAGGGAAGUCGCCGUUGGAGAGGAAAUCUUCAUUUUUCAGGAAAAAAAUGGACAGUUUCCUCAAGAAUACGACGGAGAUUUUCAAGAAACAGUCUAUAAGCAGGAGUAAAUCGGAACUCGGGCGCAGAGGCUCGAUGUCUAAAUCGUUACAAUCACUUAAUGACAAGACAGAAGUUGAUAACAAUACGAGCUCUGAAUACAUUAAUCAGGGCAGCGCCACUAGUCUGCAAUCAUCAGUUACUGGUCCCAGUAACUCGACACAGGCGAGCCGAGCUAGCUUGGCCGCCAGUCAAGUCAGCUUGACCGCCAGUCAGGUCAGCUUGACCGCUAGUCAGGUCAGCUUGCCCACGAGUCAAGGCGACCGCUUGAGCCCACUGCCAGCUGACCAAGAGAGCUUGACUGGUAGUCGAAAUGCAGAAGAAAUGUUAACGGGAAGCGCGAAUAAUUUGGAUGACGCUUACCUGUCCCAAGGUCUGCUGAAUAGCAGAGCCAUAUCGAUGAGCUCCGGCCUCGACACAGCGGUCAAAAGAAGAAAACGGAAAACUUCUUGGGCUAACAGAGUGACCUGGCUGGCCAGCGAAACAAUGACCAACUACCUCAAAAGGGUGAUACCUGAUGAUUACAACCGGGACAUAACCGGCUGCCACUCCUACCAAGACCUCUCCAGCAUUCCCGAGAACAGUCCGCAGAAGGACUCCAAGGGGAGACGGUUGUCGUACCAACGAGCCGUCUCUGGGGAAGACCCAGUUUUGCCGAGACAAGAGUCCAGCUUGAGGAGGAGGCAGGGCAUCCCGGAGAGACCUGAGGCCGACUUCGAACUGCCAACCCUGCUGGCAGAUUGGUCGGAGAACGGAGUGCCUACUCUCAGGGGGUACAAUAUAAAGGUCAUCGUCGACCAGGCCCUGGCCUGCCUCAUGUUGGCGAGCAAGCCGGAGAAUCUGCUCGAGAUAUGCACUUACAAAUUAUCGCCGUACGAGGAAACGCGGCAGGCCGUGAUCCGGGAGCUGGUCAGCACGGAAGCAGCCUACAUCAAGCAUCUAUUGGCCAUCGUUGAGAUCUUCAUAGCCACGGCCCACGCCCUCCAGGACGCCGGGAAACUGCUGGACAUCGACACUUCCAGACUGUUCUCGAAUAUCCCAGAUGUCCUCAACGCCAGCCUCACCUUCUGGGAAGGCACCAUCUUCCCCAUGCUGAGCGACGCUAUAGAGAAGAGGGGGCCAUUGAACACCGAUCUGAUGAUGCCGGGCUUCUUCCGCUUCCGCGAAGUGUUCAUCCCUUACGAGCGCUUCGUCUGCGAGCAGACCAAGGCCCUGGACUAUCUUCGCUCUUUGAACACCAACGUGGAUUUCAUGACCUAUCUCACUUGGUGCCAUGGUCAUAGCGCUUGCAAGAGGCUGCAGCUAGCAGAUAUUCUAGUGAAACCCAUGCAGCGCAUGACCAAAUAUGGCCUGAUCCUGCGCAGGAUUAUCCAAAACACUGAGACCGAACCAGAGAAGACAGCUCUCGAGGCCAUGGUAAGGAAACUAUUGGCCAUGGAAACCUACGCGAAGGGCUACGUUCUGGACCUCAACCGCUGCAUUCGCCAGAAGGAGGAAUUGGAAAAACUCGAUUACCUCGGCACCAUCAUCGACCCAUACGAAGUUGACUUCAAAGACGAAGAGAUUGAGAAGCAUUACAAAGUACACGCUCACCUGCAUCUUAGAGCCCCUAUGCUGAACUGCGUGCCGAGUCACAGCCGAUGCCUGAUCUUCCAAGGAGACCUGCGUUUCAAAGACCAUAUUAACCAUAAGGAGAUUGACGUGCACAUUAUACUCCUGACUGAUAUGAUCCUGAUUUGCAAGAGGCAGACCAAGGGGAAUCCCUUCAGGAUGAUCAGACCGAAAUUCAUGAUAGACAAGACGAUGCAUUACCCUCGUCUGAACAAGGCCAAGGACAUUGUGGCGAUAGUUUUCGUGGUGGUUGACGACGUGGGUUCCUCCCAGUUUGGGUUCGCCGUGACUGAAGCCGGAAAACCUGAUCCAGGAAUGCCAGCUGGUGCAGGCUCCCUGAAGAUGUGGGAGGCGAAGGUCCGCGAAGCCAGGCUGUCUUACGACCUGGGUGUAUGGCAUUGCCGGAACCCAUGCCGGGACUUGUCCGAGGUAGACUGGGACUCUUCGUCAGACAACGCAGGCAGCGCUUCAAGCCCAAUGCCGAGCUCUGAAGACGCCAACAUCGAGCGGGAAGCCCGAGAACGAACCGCCACUAUGCUUCACCGCAGCAUGGGGACCUCCACCGACUACGACUUCUCACAGGGAUCCUUCGUCACUGAUUCUUUUGAUGGCACCAGUGGCCCUCGCACAUCCGGAGCACUGCGCCACCCGAUGAUGCGCAAUUCCACUGGCGGCAGCUCCAGGAAUUCCAGGCUGUCUAGCUUCCAGCAGUCUACCAGCGCCGCUUCCCACGACGAGCCUGGUCCCUCGGGAAUCAGCCGCCCCCUCAUCAAGGCAGGCAGCAGCACUGAGCAGCCAAUUCCAGAGAACAGCAAGGACCAGGCGGGACCUAAUGUCGUGUCUCCAAUAACGGUGAACGUGGUCAGUGAGAGUGAGUCGGAGACCAUAGUGCCUGAGCAGCAGAACACCCAGCCGGCGUCCCCUAGCAAGCUGAACCCUCGGCUGUCUGCUCACGGCUCAGGCUACAGCCUGGGCCCGGGGCCCUCCGGUCUCCAAGUGAACCCUGGCAGCUCCAACACCCUCCGGGUCCAGCCGCAGAGCCCCGGGAUCGGCGGCCACAGCCUGCCAGACUUGACCAUUGAUCCAAACUCGCCGCGCACGCACCCACCGUACAAACGAUAUUUACCAUCAUUAGGAUCUUAGAAAUAGUCGAAUUUGGAAACGCUUGAAAUGUCGCCUGGAUGUCUUGAACGGCCUGGAAGCUCAUACAAUAUAGUUUUUCGCUUAAUUCUUUGCAGAAAUCAAAACCAUAAUGAACAGAACAAUAGCCGAGUUAGAUUAGCCUUUUUUAAUUCCUGAACCUUUUUAAUGAUUUUUACUUUUGAAUUAAUUAAUUUAAAGGUAAUAAUGAUAUCUCAACUUUGGCUUUUACGAAAUUAGCUUAACUUUUGUUAAGCAAAAGCAAAACUAUGUUGUAUGUUUAUUUAACCAUGCAGACGACUGUUUUAACACUAUAAAUUCAUAUAUGAUGCCUUCCCAAACGAAACUUGUAGUACUCAUUUAGAUAACUGUUAUAUAUUUGAAGCAUGUAAAUGUUUGUAGCUAUAUGUUAUUUUAGUAUACUUUCAAUACAAUCAUUGUAUUUACGAUUUCGUCUAUUUUUUUAUAUAUUAAGGUGUUGCCAUGUGCAAAAAGGAUUUUAAAUGUUGGGAACCGGUAUAAAAUUGGUUCUUAAUAGAAAAGGAUAUAAUUAUAAUCCUAUUUAUUUGUUGUUUAUAUGUGUUUUUAUUGAAAAGUUUUUCAGUAGAACUGCUUUUAACAUCAGUAACGAUUACUGGCCUCAAACAACUAUUGUGUUCCUCAAUAUUUGACGACUGAUAUUUAUUAUCACAUGAUAUUGAUACUAUUUAAUUUUCUUAAGAUUAUUCACUUAUAUAAUUAGAAAUAUUAAUUGUCGAUGAAUUUUUAUUAUUAUUAUUUUUUCGAAUAAAUAUUUCUCAUGUCA